ACAUCCGGGCAUUUGCAACAUUUUCCGAUGUUUAGCUGCAGCGGUUCAAAUUUGUAAACGUAUUCUCUGUUCAAUUUUAGUACAUAGUAAUGACUUUCGUUUAAUUUCUUGGAAGAGUAUUCAACACAAUUUCUUUUGCAUCGGGUUUUUCCUCGUAUUUAGUUCCCUGUCGUUUUAGCAGCUGUAGUUUUCAUCGGAGACAUAUAUAGAAUAAUCUAAGUGAAUCCUCGGGUCUUGGAAGAUAGAUCCGCAAAAUGAAGAUGUAAGAGUGAGCCCACAAGAGGACCAGUUUUCAUUGAGUAACAAUCUCAAUUUCAAAUAUGGAAAUGGAGAGAACAUACUAUUCUGAUGACAAUGGAAGAGACACUCCAAAGGGGAGCUAUGAAAUGCCAACAAGGACAGAUACUCCUGGCCCAUUACCCAAAUAUAGAUACAGCAGGGAUAAGCUGAUGGAGAUAUCUACAAGUAAACUGGCACAACUGAAGCCCACCUGCCUGUCAAAGGACCAUUACACGCCUGAAGGGUUGUGGGAUCCGGAGAGGUGGUUUCGAUCUUUUGACACUUCUCGUGGAAACUCCCCUUUGACUGUUGGAGAUAAGAAGCGGCCACCAGAACUUGACAGAGAAUACAUAAACAGGAGAAGACCAUCAGAUCCUAAAGAACGUUUGAGGGAUGAUAAGGAUGGAAUUGUAUUAAGCCCACAGCGACGGAGCUUUGGAACAGGAUGCCAUGUCAGUAGUCAUGUGCCAUUAGGACGCCAAAUAAGCAUUCCAGGGCAGGAAAAUGGAGAAAAUAGGGACAGAAAUGCCAGACGAAUAGGAAGUGGGCGUAUUCAAAUUGAUAGAGAUCGGGAACGGGAACCAGCACACCAAGAUCGAGACUUUCGAGCCAUCCGUGAUAGGUUUGACCGCGAAGACAGAAGAUUUGAUAACAGAGAAAAUCGGAGCUAUGGAAGAAGAGAAUUUGAAGAUAGACAGAACUUCAGGGAAAGGGGACAUUAUAACAACAGAAACAGAAGAGACUCUUACCGAAGUCGUGAUGAGGAGGAGCCUGAGUGGUUUACAGAGGGGCCUACUAGUCAACAGGACCGCAUUGAACUCCAUGGAUUUGAGAGGCACUCCAACACUCCAGAGAAAGAAGAGGAGAACUGGAGGCAGAUGAACAGACGAGAAGCCACCACACAAGAGAGCAGAACGGAGGUGCCACCUCGCAAAGAAGCGGAGGCAAAUUAUCGGGGAGAGUCAGUAGUGGCAAAUGUGAAUGAUAGAAAUGGAAGUUUGGAAACGAAUGAACCAAGUUCACCUGAGGAAUCCAACCACUCUGACAGCAUCAAUGUACAGUCACCACAAAGUAACAGUCUGUUUGACUUCAAUGAAUUCUUCAAGCUUGAGAACUUACCAGGACUUGCAAGUAAUGAUGGAGCCAGUCCAACAGCGGAUGUAACAGGGAUACAGAGUCGGUUCAGCAAGUGGUUUUCCAAUAACAGUAGGGACAACAGCAGGAGAUCAUCUAUCAAUGAAGACUUUGGGUACCUAAAUGAUUUACUAAGUGGUUCCAAGAGUCCUGUUAUCCCAUCACCUCCUCCACCGUCUGCUAAUUCUGUCUCUCGUCAGUCUGUAUUCUCCACAUCAGCCAACAGCACAUUCCAAGACAAACCGCAGCAUCUGAGUUAUGACUUCACCUCGGUGCAGAAAACUACAAUAGGCCCAAUGUUGAAUGCAUUGUUCCAGAACACAUCGCAUGACAGAUCUCAUAGGAGCAGUAAUAGCAGUAUAACAGCACAGGAUGCUGAAGCACAAUUAAAAGCCUUGUUGUUUGGAAGGAAGGGUUCUACUCCAUCUAGCAGUGGCACAGGCAGUCCAUCUGUGGCCUCUCCACUCAAUCUUCCUGGGCGAUUUAAGACUGUAGCAGAAUUGGAGGCUGAUAUGAAGCCCCCGAAUCAUACUUUCACUCCACCUGGUGCCCCUAUACAGCACCCUGUGAUUAGCCAGCCAGUUCGACAGAAAAUAGCUCAGCCUCCCCCUCCUGCCCAGUCUCCAAAGGAUCAGCAGGAUGAUCUGGCUGCAUUCAACAAGCUCCUGAGUCUGAUGCAGGCAGGAGCUGCUGCAGCUGUGGAGUCUCCCACCAAAUUGCCUCAGAUUGCUGCACGAAAUCUUGACCAGCGAAGCAUGUCUCCUGUUUUUUCUGGCCAGCCUCCUACACCCUCCAGCAGUAUGCCACCUACAGGACAACCUCCUCUCACUCCAGGCAGUUUGGCUCAGAAUGAGUUUCUCCAGGCUUUGUUACGUAAUAAGGAACAGCAGUUACAGAUCCGUCAGCAGACUCUAAAUCACAUGCGAGGAAGUGUUCAUAUAAACAACCAGUCCACUCCCAUAGCUCAACCUGCACAGAACUUCCAGCAGACCCCACAAACUGCAGGAUCCACCCAACCCAAACUUCCCAACAACUCGGAAACACUGGCCAACUUCAUCAAGCAAAAUCCCACUAUUAUCACCAAGCCAUCUACACCCACUCCUCCCCCUCAGCAACCCCCUCAACCUCUCCCCACUGUUCCAGCAGUUCACUCUCCCCUGGCUCCACAUCCUGGUCAGGCUGCUAUUAUGAGUCUUAUGCAGAAUGCUCCUUCUCCCAGAGCAGCGUCGCCUCAGCUUAUUCAGCAGGCGCUAUUGGCUCAGCCGGGAUCUCCUCGGGUUCCGUCUCCCAUCAUGUUCAGUCAGCAACCACCAAUGCAUCUUAGUGCUCCUUCACCGAUACACCCCUCACAGAUUGCAGGAAAAACCUCUCCUGUUUCCGUACAGGCAGCUACUAAUUUAUCUUCCACUGGUACAGCCACAAUUAGACCACCUGUUGUGCCUCGUGUACCCAGCCCCCAGGAGCUGAUAGCCCACACUCAGGCCAUCAUGCAGACUGCACUCCUCAAGAAACAGCUGGAGGACCAAAAAGAAAGAUUCAUGAAGAAACAGCAAGAACGAGGGAAGUCUCCAAAUCCUCCUGCUCUACCAGGAAAAGGAGCACUGACUGGCCAACAGCCAUGUCCAGCAUCCCCUCGGCUAGGCCCCAGUGGAACUUCUCCAGCUUCAUCCCUUCCUCAGUCCUCAACCCCCCAAAACACACCCAUUUCACAGUCUAUGCCCACUUCUAAGCAACCAUCUGUUACUGCAUCCUUCACCCCGACUUCAGUCAUAAGGAAAAUGCACUCGGACAAAGCAAGUGAAAAAGAGAAACAUAGAAUGGAUGGAACUGAUGGUGAAAAGAAAGUUGCACCUAUUAAACAAUUUGUGAUGUCGGAAGAUCCCAGGGGCCUACAGGAUGAGGAGGCCUUGAAGCAGGAUCACAAUGUGUUUGAUUUCCGCAUUUUGACACAGCAGAGCCAGAUUUCUCAAUCUACUAGUCACCCUCCCAUGUCUAUGGGUCAGAACAUUGUAUCUCCAGCUGCAAGUCAGACUGCUAACAAUGCACACAAUCAAAUGCCAAACCUUAGCAUUCCUCCCCCCUCACUGGCCAACCAGAGUGGCCCAUCCUCACUGGUCAAUCAAAACUCGCAACCAUUCUCCAGAAACAAUUCUAUUGAUCAGGUCCAGCAUCAAAUGACAGCAGUGGAUCAAAUAGCUGCCAUACAAGCCAUGCUGGCAGCAGACCGACUGAAACAGACAAGGCAGGUGAUGGGGACUCCAUCUAGUGUGGCCUUGCAGUCUGCAGGAAGGCCGAUAGUUAAAGGGGUAAAUGUGAACUCACCGCUUCAACAACAAAACCAAACUCAGCUCAACAAGAUACUGAGUCCACAGAUCUCCAAUCCCAAUUUGGUCAAAGCUGACCUGCAGGCCACACCUCACCGUCCAAUCGUAGGCUCAGGAGCUACCCCUAUAUCGUCUUCUGGUGUAGAGUUGUCUAAGGUUCUACAGCAGAGACAUGUCAUUUCACCAAACCCCAUGAACCGACCCUCAGUGGGGACACCUCAGGGUCUUCCCAUGGGAAUCCCAAUUACUGGAAGACUUCCUCUCCAGCCUCCAGUUAGUGUGGCCCAUAAUCCUCUACUGGUGCAGCAAAUGAUGCAAGGCAACCUCUCACAAACAACAGUCAGAGUGAACUCACUGGGCCAUCUCAAUCAAAUGGCAAUGCAGGCUCAGCACCACAGGAUGGUGGAUCCAAGAUUGCAGGGUAUCAGAGGAGUGUACACUCCUCCAGCAUCUGGUGUGCCACCCAGGGGACUAACCAAUACUCCUAUGAUGAACAGGACCUUGGCCCCAGGCAAGCAAGUGCUGAAUGGCCCAAUUUCACCAAACAGCAAUAAGAGCAAUGACCCCAAUCUCCUGAAGUGGUUUGGUACAGAUGUCCUGAAAACUCCGCUUCCCCACAUGCCACCCCUUCCCACACAGGGACAGAGAGUAAUGACUGUGGACGAGAUAGAGCGCCACACUCAGGCAGUGUCCAAUUAAAGACCGGGGAAACUGGAUCUGAAUUGUUCUAAUAAGCUAGUCGAAAUGUAGUGUUGAGAAUGGCUGAGGUAUUGGGAAUGAAAUUACGCAUAAGAUUGAAUGUGUGCAUUGCAUGAAUGCUUGAAUCAAGUGCAUGUAGAGUUAAUAUUUUGAAUAUAACCCUCAUUUUGUCUAUUAUUUUUGAUAUUUUUCUUUUGCAACUGUGUACUUUUUAAACAGAUAUGGUUGCUGAUUUGGACUAAAAAAAAAUUGUAACGUACAUGUAGCUAACAACGGAAUGAAUAUGUCCCUGUAUAUUGUGCUGUGUCGACAUUUGUAUAUUCUAUGUGGUAUUGUAAAUAAUUUUUUGUCUCUUAUUUCAAAUUUUCCUUUUCUGAUUGAUGUUGUGAAUCAAUGUUAUACAUUGUAAGGCAUCCACUGUAAAUAUUGUACCAUAGUUGUUAAAAUUAGUAUUUGCCAUUGUAAAUUUUGUGGUCGUAUUCCUGUUAAUGUUUUUGCCACACCUUGUAUAUAGACUUUGUUGACUGUGUGUAGUGGUAGAGAUCCAGUGUGCUGGGUGUUUAUACACAUAUCAGCUUCACACAACAAUGCCAGUUUGUUGGUCACUGUUAUAUGAAUGAUUAUGAAUGAAAGUGAUUGAGUGAUAAAUAUUAGAUAUUUGUAUUGAUAUCGUAUGCCUCCCUUCGGUGAUUUUUGCACAAAUCACUGUGUUAAUUUUUGCACUUGCAUUUAUGUACAGUUGUAAAUAUUAGUUAUUUUUAAAUAUGUACAGUAGCUUUUGAGUAUGUAGUACAGUAUAUGUUCAUAUUAAAAAAAAAUGUUGAAACAUUUUUCUAAAUAAAUAUUGAUACAUUUGUAUAUUAGAAACAAGUAUAUUUUGAUUUGUUCUAAGAAGUUUCUUCUCUAGAAUUCAUAUAUGUGGCAUAUCAUUUCUCAUCUCCCAGCAUUUCAUAUUCAUUUAUAUAUGGAGACAGUAUUGCUUCAAAUGUAUAUUGAGGUCUUUAUGUUUAUCUGAAUGUUAUAUGAAGAAACAUGGUGCAAUUAAAAUGUCUGUAACCUGACUACUUAUAUGUGCUUGCUUAUAUUGUACAUGCAAACUUCUCAGUUAUAAAAAUGAUGGGCAAAUCUGUCUAUUAAUAUUGUUCAGUGCAUACAGUGUUUAAGAUACUCAGUCAAUUAUUUAUAGUAUAUACUUUGAAGUUUUAACCGUAUUUUCAACAGUACGUUUUCAUAGUUACAUUUGUAAAGUAGACACAUUUUCAAUCCAUGAUGCAUAUCUUAUAUGUGUAUUUUUCAAUUAUGUGUAUUUUGCAAAAGUUUAAAAUGAGUAACAGAAAGCAAAACAGUUACUGUAUUUUAAAGUUUUGUGGAAUCCAUUGAUAGUUAAUCAAAGAAUAGAACAGCCUAGUUUAGUUCGGGUCUUAUAAAAUCAUACGUGAAUAUUUUUGUUGUACAGUUACAGCGUUGGAUUCUUGGUUAAUUUACAUUUUUCUAUUAGUGCUAAUUAUAUUUAGUACCUGUUAAAAAUUGUAUGUCUUAAUUAAUAAUUUUUUCAUGAUGUGACCAAAUGUGUAGAAGGAUGAGUGUUUCAUUUUUGAUGUGCUUUAGAACACAACACGGGGAUAAAUUGCAUGUUCGCCUGAAGUUAUUGGCCAUCUUACUGAAGGUCUUCACAGUUUGGAAAAGUGAUAUGUUAUAUAGGAGAAUUUGUAAGGUGAUUAAUAUUUCAUUAUUUUGUUUGCAAGUGUAGAAUAUGAAAAUGUAUUGGUUUGAAUACAAAAUUUAGAGCUUGUCUGCUAUAUCCAGAUUUAUAUUCAAAUAUGUUCAGUAUCAAUAUUUAUUUUUUUGUGCAUAUCGUAUAAAAAAUAGACUAGUACCAACAUUAAUGGGGUAGAGCUGAAUGCUUUUCUAUUCUGUAAUGUUCAGAUAACUAGAUUGAACAGUUGUGUAAUUAUUACACUCUAUAGUGAAAAUAGUCACACAAGUUCGAUAUUAUAACAUUUGUAAAAUUAUACAUUCUUUCCUCUCUGAAUUCAAUGUUAAGCGACAGUCUUAAAUUAAUGUUUCAGGAUAUCAGUAUGUGGACCAAAAAAUGUUAAAAUUUGGAGACUAUAAAUAUGAGUAUUUUCUUAAAGUAGAGCUUCAUGCAUGAAAGGAUGACAGAAGUGAGAAAGAGUUCAUCAAAUUUUUGUGUUGAGUAAAUGUUUUGAUGUUGACAAACAUUUGAAACCUUGCAAAAUGUUGUUUAUCAGACAAGUGGUGAGAUAAAAUUGUCGAACCCAUGACCUUUGGCCAAAUAUUUGUCUUAAGUUUAUUAAAAUUUUAUUUUGCUGUAAAUGAUUUUCAACGGUUAAAUCUACUCGGACACAAAAACAUUCUCUUAGAGCACCAAGUUUAAACAGUGGAAGUAUUCAGUAGAUAUGUUAGUUCUUUUUGAUGAGUGAACCAAUACAGCAAUGUCAAACGUAUUGGUUUAAACACUCCAUCUUUGAUAUGUGAAUGUGUUUACAUGUAUUUGUGGUUUUUAAUAGAAUGCUCUAGCUUUUCUAUUGUUCAGUUGACAAAAAGUACAAUAAAGUAAAAAGUUAUAAAUAUGUAAAACAAGCUUUUCUUUUUCUCCAGUUCUUUAUUAUAGAUAUGUAUUUAGCAGUUGUCUGUAUGUUUUAUGUAUUGAGUUCUGUGCAAUGAUUGUAGAAGUCAGUUUUGUAAAAUUAUAAAAGGGAAGAGAUGAAGAUAAUGUUUAGUUUGUUAUGGCAAAGAUGUGUCAUGGUCAUGUUUAGUUUAAAAGUAAGCCAAGUGCUUGGGUUCAUAUUCAUUUUAUCUCAUUGCUUUUCUGAAAUAAAGAAUGAAAUCUUA